AUGUUGCUAAUAAAUCCAACAAAGGAGCAAAAGAUUGAAUUCUUGGAUCCGAAAAAUUAUGAAACUACAAAUGAUGAGAAGUAUAACGAAGUUUUAAGAGCAGCAGAUGCUCAUAAAAGAAUAAGAUAUAACUUACAAAACAUGAUUAAACCGGGUCAGUCACUCAAAGAGGUAAUUAGUUAUGUAGAAGAUGCCACUAGGAUAAUGUUGAAAGGUGAGUUAAACGAUGGAAUUGGAUUUCCUUGUGGUAUAUCUCUUAAUGACUGUGCUGCUCACUUUUCUUUAAACUCAUGGAAUGAUGACAUUUAUUUAAAAGCUGAUGAUGUUCUUAAAAUUGAUUUUGGUACACAUGUCAAUGGAAGAAUAGUUGAUGCCGCGUUUACAGUAUGUUUUGAUGAAAGAUAUGAAAAUUUAUUGCUUGCUUCUAAGGAAGCUACUUAUGCAGGAAUUAAGGCGAUUGGUAUCGAUACUUGUGUUUCUGAUGUUGGAGCUGCUAUAAAUGAAGUUAUGACGUCAUUUGAAAUUGAAGAUGAAAAUCAUAAUAGUGUUAGAAUAAAACCAGUUAAAAAUUUAAAUGGUCAUUCAAUUGGACAGUUUAAAAUUCAUGAUGGUAUUCAUAUUCCGGUUGAAAAAAAUUAUGAUCCUUCGCGGGUAAAAGAAGGAUUUGUUGCUGUUGAAACAUUUGCCACUACUGGAAGAGGAUACAUUGAGAAUGAUGGUGUGUGUUCACAUUACAUGGUUGAAGAUUUAAAUAAAACUCCUAAGAUUUACAAUGAGAAAGCUAAAAAUGCAUUUGAGUUAAUAAAAAAGGAAAUUAAAACUUUGCCUUUCAGUCCUAAUCAUUUGAUACAUAAGAAUAAUAAGAUAGAGAAACUAACAGUAAAGUUAUUAGAAUCAAGAAAGAUCAUUGAAGCAUAUCCACCACUAGUUGAUCGACCUGUAAACCAUAGGGUGUGUAAAGUAGCUCAGUUUGAACACACUCUUUACCUGACUGAAAAUGGUAAGAAAAUUGUUUCAAAAGGAGAAGAUUAUUAA